CGCUGGCUGCUGCUGUCAGUUCAGUCCGUGUUGAGUUGGCGUCUGAUGUGUGUGGAGAACAGUAGUGCGAGAUGACGAUAUCCUACUCUAGGCUGGUAGCCAAUGGAAGCAGUUUCGGCUGUUUUUGGAGUAUACUAACAAAAUGGCGCGGCAGUGUGUACAAACUAGUGUGGCGUGAAUUGAUAGCGUACCUGAGUAUCUACUAUGUGAUCAAUCUUACCUAUAGGUUCGCCAUGAACGAACAACAACAAAGGCUGUUCGAGAGAGCGCGCGACUACGCGGGCAGCGGCGGCUCCGUCAUCACCACUCUGAUGACCUUCGUCAUGGGGUUCUAUGUGAGCCUUAUAGUGACUCGGUGGUGGGAGCAGUACCGCUUGCUGCCUUGGCCCGACACCCUGGCACUCUUCGUCAGCGCCGCCAUCGUGGGCCAAGAUGAACGUGGUCGUCUCAUGCGCAGGAACAUUGUGAGAUAUGCGAUCCUCGCAUACGUCAUCACGCUCAAGCAUGUCAGUGUAAGGGUGAAGAAGCGAUUUCCUACGCUUCAGCACAUCGUAGAUGCAGGUAUUAUGAUGGAGAGCGAGAAGAAGAUCGUGGAGAUGAUGGACAGCAAGAGCCCGAUGGCCAAGUACUGGAUGCCCCUAGUCUGGGCCACAAACAUCAUCAACCGCGCGCGACGCGACAACUUGAUCAUGUCCGACCAGUUGGUGCAGACGCUCCUGUUCGAGUUGAGCGAGCACCGUCGCAAGCUCGGCUCCAUUAUCAGCUACGACACUGUGUGCGUUCCUCUCGUCUACACGCAGGUAGUAACUCUUUCAGUCUACUCCUACUUCAUAGCCAACCUACUGGGCAAGCAGUUCAUAAUCCCUGAGAAGUCCCCCACGGGCAGCAUUGAGUUCGACAUGUACUUUCCUAUCUUCACAGUUCUUCAGUUUGUCUUCUACGUUGGGUGGCUAAAGGUUGCCGAGGUCCUCAUCGGACCCUUUGGUGAAGAUGAUGAUGAUAUUGAACUGAAUUGGCUCAUAGACAGACAUAUUAAGGCAGCAUAUAUGAUUGUGGACGAGAUGCAUGAAGAACACCCAGAACUGCUCAAGGAUCAGUACUGGGACGAAGUUGUUCCAAAAGAUCUCCCUUACACUGUAGCAUCAGAGCACUACAGAAAAUAUGAACCUAAAGGUUCCGCUGAGGACUACAAGGUCAAGGAGCAAGAUGCACUGUAUGCUAACCUCCUUCACUCUCGCAAAUCUAUUGUCCCUGAUGAUGUUUAUGCUGAUUAUGAGAGUGUAGACACUCCUCUAGUGGAACGGCGCAAGAACUGGUUCCAGCGUCAGAUGCAGCGUGUUGGCUCAAUCCGCUCGUCCUCGACUGCCUACUCCUCGGGGCUGUUUGGUCGCCAGCGUCACAAUUCUGUCUACUCCACACCCGAGCAGCAGGGUGGUCUGCCAAUAUCAGUUGUCAGCGGACAGAACGGCCCAGUACAGCCUCUUGCACAAACUCAGAACCCCCACAAGAUGUCAAUCUAUGAUAGACUAAUUGGGCGAACUAAGUCAACACGUCAAAAUAGAGGACGUCAAGGACCUCAAAAAAUGAAUGGGUCCAUACUGAUGAAGAACCGUCCAAGGAUCCCAACACCUGAUGUUACCAAAGAAGUGGUCGACAGAGAGAACCGUCUGGCGCAGAUGAACCACAACAAUAACAAUCAGACCAACAACAACGGCUCUAACAGUUCCACAGGAUCAGUUAGUCCCAACUCUCUGGCAGGUGCUCUGGUGGCUCACAAUACCAUACCAUAUACCGAAACCAUGCCAGUUGCUGUCCAGGUUGUCCUGUCUCCAAUACAGGAAAUGGACAGUCAUCAGAACACCAUCACGUCAAACACGCCAGGAGCAACGGCACUGGCGCAGGCAGUGUUGGCCAACUCCCUGAACACCGCAGGGAUGGGAACUGCAACUGUUCUCACAACCAGUCAGCACCCGAUCACGAUGGCUGUGAGUCCUGUCACUUUCACCACUGUCUCCAUGACCAACCCGAUGUUGACCACACUGGGUAUUAACCCGUCGUCUGCACCUCACACACCCAUCUUCGCGCACACGCCACUCGUGCUGACAGACGUUACGUCGCCCCCACCAGCGUCCCCAGCUCCUCCACCUAGCGAAGAGGUUACCAUCACGAACGUAGGCGGGAGCAGCAGCAGCGGCAGCGUGUCUAGUGAAGACAGGAGUCGCAAGACCAGCAACACGUCCCAGCCAAAACGGGGUGAAGUCUAUGUAUGAUACUUUUAAUUAACUUUAUUUUAUUUUUUUAAACAAGGCUGUGCGAGAUGAUAAUGUUACUUGUGAAGAUGGAGGAUCAAUGAAGUAAAAAUGUGAUUGAGUAAAGACAUUACAGAACCGUAGAGUUUAUUUAAUUUUUAGACAGAAAUAUAUUUUUAUCCACUGACUUUUAUCAGAUUUAGAUUUGGAUUGAAUGUAAUGUUGGUUUUUUUAUUUGACUGGUAUAUAGAUAUGGUUUGCAUUUGUCGAUAUGUGUUUUUAAGUAUGGAUCAUAGUUAUUUUAAAGAUAUAAUAAAUGUUCUGUGAUAUGUAUUUGACCUGAGUAUGCAGCAUACUACCUUCCUUUUUAUAGAUUAAAAUCACUUUAUUGUUUGUAAUGGAAUUAUAUUAAGAAUUAUAUUUUCUAAAAUUUGAAAACUUCCUUUCUAUCUUAAUGCCAAUGGUCAUAAUCAUUAUUUCCCAUUUAGUAAUUUUUAUUGUUCAAAGAGAUUUUAUGUAUUAAAUAAACAAUUUAUCUAACUGGUGUUAAUCUAGGUGAAGAAUCACACAAAAUAUGCUAAUUUUGCACAACUUUUUGCAAAAUUAUCAUUAUUUGUAACACUAAAAAAAUGUGUUUUAUAUUGUAAAUAGAACUAAUGGUAAUAACUUCCAGCUAAGUGCUGACUUGUGAUGUUUCUCAGAGCGACAAAUAUGUUAUAUAAUGUAAAUAGUUAUAUUUUAUUGUUUCUAGAAAUUGGUUAUUGUUAAACUACUGUUUUGUUGAUACUGUACUAAAUUAAUUGUGUUACAUAACUUUAUCUAAUUUUUUCACUAGCAACUAGGACCCAAAUAAGAUUUUUAUUCACAAUUAUUAUGGUUUAAAUUAUGAUAUGAAGUAUUAUGUACAGAAAAAGUUAUGAACUUAAUAUUAUGUAUGUUAUUUCUAGUUUAUUUUUAUAUGUUAUAUUUUUAAAGUUAAUUUAUCUGUGUACAAUAAACUUAAUUGACGGUUUCCAUUGUUUUAUCAUAUUUUUUACUAAUAAUUUUUGUUAUUGUGUUACAAAACUACUUCACAAUAAUAUUGUAAAGUUUCAGCAGCUUGGAUGAAAAUAAAAAUAAAAUGUUUAAUUUCCCUGUAAUAUUUUACUGAGAGUAUGCAUAAUGUAAUUUUUGUUUUUCAUCAGAAAGAGUAAUGCAUUAGUUUAACUAUGGUGGUAUUUUGUAACUGUUUAAUUUAUAAACACUGCAAUUUGUACAUACUGAUUGUAAAUUUUAUUCAUUUUAGAUACUGAUGCUUUCUCUUUUAUUUUAAUUCAAAGAAAUAAUAUAAGUUGUGAAAGUUUAUUUUUUGGUUACGUCUGUGUAUGUGCUAGCGACCCUUGUGCCAUGAUAGCGUAUCAGUGCCUGAGUGUCUGUCAGAAUAUGUAGGGACCUCGCAGAGUGUUUUUAAGACUUACAAUAAUGUAUAUAAAUAUUCGAUUAUAGAUAAACAUAACGAUCCUAUUGAUAUAUGCCAUUACUGGCUCUAUUGUAAUACCAUUGUAAUUAAAAUCAUAAUGUGACUUGUACAUUUGCUGAGACGUUGGUGCUCAAAUUAGGUGAAAUGCUGAUGUCAAGCUAGGCUUAGGCUUCAUCAGGUUUUGUUAAUUAGGAUAAUAAAUUAAUUUUAAUAAACAAAUCAUAAAACUGAA